AUGAGUGAUAAAAAAAUUGGUGUAACUCAUGCCAUUAGAGAAAAAUUAAACUUUAAAGAUGAAAGAUUAUGGAAGCGCUUUAGUGCUCGAAGACUAGAAUUAAUUGAUACUUUAGAUUUAAGUUUAAAAAAAGCAAGUGAACAAGAUAAUGAAAUUAAAAGAGUUGCUGAAACGUUAAGAAAUGAAUUUGGUUAUGAUUUAAGUUAUUCUCAAGAUUUUGAUAAGUUAGUAAGAGCUGCAAUUCAAAGUGUACGAAGAAAUAGAAAACGAAGUUCAAAGAAAAUUUAUUUUGAAAAUAACAAUGAUGCGAUUCAAAGUGAACCAAAGAAGAAAUCGAAAGUGGAAAACAAUAAAACUGCCCCUGGGGAAACUUUUUUUAAUGAUGUUUUACGAAAUGAAGAUGAAGUUUAUGAUGUGAAUUAUUCAAAAGCUAAACAAUUUACAAUUAAUGAUCGUGCAAAAAAUACUAUUGAUAAUAUUGUUAAACCUAGAUUACCACCAAUAAUACGAAAUAAGAAGAAUGAAAGUAUACCGCCAAAUGAUAUAGAAGAAUUAAAAAUUGAUUGUAAUUUUGCAAAAUCGAUAUUGAUUAAUAAAAUAGAAAGAUCAAAAACUUGUAAUGAAUCAAAUUUGACUUGUAAAUCUGAAAAUUUGCAAUUUUUGGGUAAGAAUAUAAUUGCAUCUUGUAUUGGAUACAUAUUCGAAAAAUCAUUUGGUAUGCUAAACCUACAGCUGAUACAAUAUUUAAGGAAUAAACUAAGUAGUGAUCUGUCAUUAGCUAAUAUUUUCAGAACACUUGAAGAAUACAAGACAAAUGGUAAAAUAAUCAUAAAUGAUGAAAUUGCAAUUACUUCAUUAUAUACUAUACUAGGUGGAUUAAUAAUAGAUUAUGGACUUGAAGAUAUAAUGUAUCUAAUAUGUGAGAUAUUAUACGUGUCUAUACUACAUGAAUACCCAUUGAUUGUGAAAAAUUCCAUACCAUUUAAAGCACAAGAUUAUAUGAAGUCUGACCUAAUGAACCAUAAUAAUGACUAUACCAAUAUCUCGUCAAAUUCAUUAUCAAAAUUAGCUGAAGUGGCUACAAAUUUACAAAUUAAUACAGGUGCAUCAUCAGGAACAACAAUAAAUACAUUAAACACAAUGUCAUCAACUGCUCCAUCUACUUCUACAUCAAUGACAACUACAAACACAGGAAAUACUAUUAAUGAUGCUCAAUCAAUAGCUAAGAAAAGAGUAUUACUUAAAUUUUUCAACCAAGUUAUUGAAUUUUUUUAUCCUUUGAAAUUUCAAGCAACUCCUAAAUACUAUGAAUUGAUUGAAAAUGUAAAACAAGUAUUCAAACUUCAUGAUUGUCUAAUAAUCAUAAAGUAUAAUCAACAAAUAAUACAAACAGAUUUCGAAAUAGAAAAGAUAUUCAAGAAUACGGAAAAAUUAAUUGAAUUUGAAGUAUUUGUACAAAAUUCAAUACCAAUAUAUGAGAUGAACCAAAAAGAUAGUAGAGAUAGAAUUCAUUUACCUCCACCAAUAAAUAAUCAACAACAAAGAUUUAACUUCUUGAGUAAUUUAGAAGAUAUAAAUGGUAGUAAUACUAGCUCAACAUCAUCUCCAAUACCUUUACCACCACCUCAACCUAUAUUACCAAGAUUUCAGCCACUUUUAUAG